AUUCAUAGCGUGGAUGUUGCAAUGCUUGUGGAGCCGUCUGAUUACCAUACACAGACUGGGCUCUAGGCCAGUGGGGAAUCGUUGCCAAUCUAUCGGUAGCCGAUGAUAGCUCAUAUAUGUCUAGAUAACGGUUUGACAUGUCUCGGAAACUUCGAUGAUACUCAGCAUCACGCGGUUAUAAAAGACUACACGAUUUUGGGCGACCUCGCCAGUAGUGAUCUUGACCGUGGUGAAAUUCAAGUUUUUUUUAUUAGAAUGAAGAAUUUAGCGUUAGUUGUGGCUUUACUGUGUGUUCUAGGUACUCAGGCAGCACCAGAUCGCUCUCAGCGUGUCAUCAAUGGACAAGUUUCUACAAAUCAACCCUACAACGUGUAUAUCCUGUACCUGAAUCAAAACAACGCAGGAUUCUAUGGAGGUGGCUCGAUUAUUUCGACUCGUCAUGUCCUAACUGCGGCCCAGAUCAUUCUUGGAUUCGUCCGAUGGGACAUUGGCAUGGGAAGCAACGUGUUCGCCCAGCUCAGCAUGGUCACCUCGUACCAGGCUACGUCCCACCCGCUGUUCAACUCCGCCAACAAGGCAAACGACAUCGGAAUCAUCACUCUACCCGUGACGCUCACAUUCACAGCCAGCAUAGCUCCGGUUCGUCUUCCGGCCUUGAACUCGCAGGAAAUUAAUCUACUUCCGCUGGACAACGAACAGGGCACGGUCGUUGGCUAUGGAUACACUUCCUCCAUUUCAACCACCCGCUCAGAUUACCUGAUGGUUUCCUACCAGAGGGUAACCGUGAGCAACCGGUGCCAACAGUUCUACCAGAUCACUCUGCCGCAGCACUUCUGCGCCGAGAACACCAUCGACUACUCGAACAUCUGCAACGGAGACCUAGGGGCCGGGCUGGUAACCGAUGUACGUGGAACGCCAACCGUUACGGGAAUCGCUUCGCUGAUCACCCAGAGCUGCAGCAACGUUAGCCCAUCGGGAUACACCCGGGUACAGUACUACAAGCAGUGGAUUACCAGCGUGACGGGGAUCCAGUGAAAUGGCGUCGUGUAAUGUUUUAGAUUGCAAAUAGAUAUACUAUAUUUAAGAAACGAUACUACGUAUUGUGUUACUCCUCAAACUGCUCUAUCAAUUACAUCUUCAAUUCGGAAACAGGGAAUAAAACUCAUUAAUAUUGGUUCAAAGGAUAUGCAAAAAGUAAU